UAACUCCGCCAUCAUCCGCAGUCAAACCCAUUCUCGUUACACACCAACACAAGCACCUACAAAAAAUUCAGUGACUGUUAGAUCAAUGAAUAUUUUUAGCCGCCGGCUGGUUACAAAAUGUUCAUCUCCAGCCGCGCAGCUGUUUGGCAGAUACCCAACAAGCAGUCCAUUCCGUACACUCGGGAAUCCAUUUCUGUUUUCUUCGCAUUUCUGUUUUGUAAUUCUUGUAAUUCAAGCGGUGGCAGUCAGUAUUACGGUAUUGAGAAGUAGCUCAUUGAUUGAGCGGGAGACAUGGAAUCAGGAUUCAAGAAAUCAAGAUAUAAUGGGAACAUAGGCACAAAGUAGUGUACCGGCAGCGAAAUCCUGGAGACCAAAGAAUAUAAUGUCAAUUUAAAAUGCAGAGUAUUAAGAGGGCAGACAGUUUUAAAGAGCCACCAGUGACUGGCGUAUUCUAGCCCUAAUAUAUUUUUUACAAAAAUAAAUAGGUUAUUAAGCAAAUUGAAAUUUAACAUACAAGUAUUGUAUUAUUCUGUUGAACCUUAAUUUGAGGGAUGAUACCAAUGCAUGAAGCAGUUAGACAAAUUACAAAUGUCUGGAAUGUAAUUAAAUUAUAUCAGGUUUUGAGUAGGGUCUGCUCUCUCCAAGUUAAACUCGUAGCGGAUUGACAGCUUCCUCUGGAAUAAAUCGCAAGACCUGCUGGUGCGCAGCACAAAAUUUUACAUGAAUAAUUUCACAUUAAUAAAAUCCAAGACGGCAAAGGCACGCAUCACAGGAGGUUUGCUUUACAGAGUUAAGUGACCUUUUUUGUGAACCUUUAUCUAUUCAUAUAUUUAAAAAUGACUUUCGAUCAGCUGCUGUCCGCGAUCGGCGGGUUUGGGAAAUACCAGAAGAUUCUGUACGUUUGGAUUUGCCUUCCACAGAUUUUUCUUGCGUUUCACAUGUUGGUGAGCGUUUUCACCGGGGCGACCCCGCCUCACCACUGCCGGGUUGCCUGGGCACACACCGCCCAGACACCGGGGAACCUCACCCGGGACUCCACCGUGAACCUCAGCGUCCCCGAGCUUGGCCGGGGGACGUCCUGCUCCGUUCCCUCUGUGGCUGCAGAGAGGGAGAGCAUCCUGCGCCAGGGUGGGCUGGCGGAAAAAUGGGAAAACGAGACUGCGGGACCAUGCGAGUCGGGCUGGGUCUACAGCAAAUACAUUUUCGAGAGUACCACUGUCACAGAGUGGGACCUGGUGUGCGACAGAGCCAGUCUCAACAGCAUUGGCUCCUCCAUCUACAUGCUGGGAUUACUGGUGGGAGCAAUCCUCUUUGGAGCCAUGGCUGACAGAUAUGGCCGGAGGUUUGUGAUUCUUCUCUCACUGGCCCUUCAAGCCAUAUUUGGAGUGACCACAGCCUUUGCACCUAAUUUUUACCUCUACAUCUUGCUGCGGUUCAUUGUGGGGACAACUAUAUCUGGGGUCAUCAUGAAUGCUUUUGUCCUAGGUACUGAAUGGACUUGCACUCAGAGGCGUAUGUUGGCCGGGAUCAUCACUGAUUAUUUCUUUGGAUUUGGCUACAUGCUCUUGGCAGGGGUCGCCUACUUAAUAAGGGACUGGCGCAAACUGCAGCUGGCCAUCUCAGCGCCUGGCUUCCUGUUCAUUUUCUACAUCUGGGUUCUGCCCAAAUCAGCCCGUUGGCUCCUGGCCAACAACCGCCGAGCAGAAGCUUUUGAUCUCCUGAGAAGAGCUGCGUCCAUCAAUGGUCGGGCACUCCCUCCUGGAGCUGAGGCGGAAAAAUGUGAGACCCCAGAAAGUCAGGAACGCCCCCACACUGCAAUGGAUCUGCUACGCACACCCCAGAUGAGGAAGAGGUCUCUAAUUUUGUUCUACCUGUGGUUUGUGAAUGUUCUGGUGUACUAUGGCCUGUCUCUGGGGAUUUCAGACCUGGGGGUGGACAUCUACUUGACACAGUUCAUAUUCGGCUUGGUGGAAAUCCCCGCACGCUCGCUGGUGCUGCUCUUCUUACCCUGGACGCGCAGACUUCCACAGAGUGCUUUCCUGGCCAUUGGUGGCCUGGCCUGCCUCCUCACCCUCGCUGUCCCUCUAGAUAUGCCCAAUGUGCUCACUGGUCUUGCUAUGGUGGGAAAGUUUGGUAUAACAGCCUCCUUCGCCAUUGUGUAUGUUUACUCAGCGGAGAUCUUCCCUACAGUAGUUCGGCAGACUGGCAUUGGCAUGUCGUCAAUGUUUGCCCGGUUAGGAGGUGUCAUGGCACCAAUGAUUGGUCUCCUGCGUCGCUACAACCAGACUGUUCCCAUGCUCAUCUUCGGUGCCACACCCCUGGUGGGGGCAGCUCUUGCACUGCUGCUGCCUGAGACAGCCAAUCAGCCGUUACCUGACACCAUUGCCGAAGCAGAGGGCUGGGAAGAGAGCAGCCGAUCAAAAUCGGGAAGCCAAGAAAACACAUUCCACGAUCGUUCUGUGGAUGGCACUGGGAUCGUCAGAAGCCAAUCACAGACUGGCCUGAUGAGUAGCAAAGUGGAACGGGGCCUUGAGCUGCAAUCCUUUGUGCCAGAAGCAUGACAAAAGGCUUGCUUGACGUGUUGCAAGACAUGUCUUAAUGUAGAGCCCAACCUCAACACAAGGUAUCUUCUCAGGAUCUCACCAGAAAAAACACAUUCAUGGGUGUUUCUAUGAUCUCGCUUCAGUGCCAUAACUCAGUAUACCAAGGCAAUAAUCGGUGCAACACUGCUAUCUUUCUAUGUUGUAGAUCUUGUCUCAGGGCUUUGUAGCAGUUCAUUAAUAAGAUCAAAGGAGAAUAAGUCACUUCUGGUUAUCUUUUGAAGCACAUUCUAUGAGGCAUGCAUUACUGGAAAGAAACUAGUCCUAUUUUCAGAAGAGUUGUGCCAAAUAAACUUCAAUCCUAUGUUGUGGAGGAAGUCUCUAGUCCUGAAUAACUACCUGUCCUGUAUGGUGCAGGAUCAGACCAAACCAGGUCAUCAAAGCAAAAACGCUGGACUUCUCAGAUUGGGGUAUUAAACGUGUACCUAUGGAGAACAACUACACUUCAUCAUUGCUUUUGAGGUCCAUCUGAAGGACUUCUUUUUUUUGGAGUCAAAAAAUCACAGGUCCACUGAUGUUUAGAAGAAAUUGUGAAAGGAUCACUGGGUCCUUGUGUAUUCUAUAAGACUAGUAGAGUUUAGGAACCACAUCUAAAUGUUAAAAUAUCCAUUGACAUAAUUAAGAAACUAUGUACACAAUGGUUAACUGAUGUAUUUUGCCACAAGUUUAAAAGAAAUCAGUGGAUUGGUGGUCUACAAAUACAUUUUCAAAUUAUCAAGUGCGUGGAACACAUUGCAUUUCUGAGGUUACAAGUUGCAAGAAAAGUAUACUGCCUUUUUUAUUACACUCAGUUUUAAAUUUUCACAAUUGAGCAAACUGGAUGGCCUCUUCUCAUGUGUAACUUUUAUUCGAUCAUGUUGAUUCUGUAUUUAGUACUGGUCCUAUUAGUACUAUAGUUUAAAAGAUGUUUAUUUUCCCAUGCUUUAAUAAGGUGCUUGUCACACAUCCUGUGGAAUGCAUUCAGUGUGAUUCCUUGUGCCAACUAUCACUUCUACCUCCACUGCUCUGAGAACAUGACUCAAUGGUGAUGGUGAGGGACUGUGCAGGGCCUUGUUUCAAUUUACAUGGCCAGGCAUUGAGACAACACACUGGAAAACUGACAAACCCCCAGCACACCUCCACGAGUUUGCAAAAGGGUUGUGGAGAAUAUGAAUGUUAAAUUAAUCUAGGUGGAACCAUCAGUAUUAAAUGUUCAAAUUUGAUGGAACAUACAAAAACAUGAAAAUACAAAUGACAACUACUUUGAGUAGGAUGGUUCAUAGCUGUCAGGCCAGCCUGCAACUGGUACUGUUCAGAAUUACAGUAUUCUCCUAUGCAGAGUUUGUAAUUUGUUUUCUACCAUUUUUCUAAAUGUUAAUGCUAGAGAGUUUUUACUAAAUGUUACGAUUACUAAACUAAUAAUUUGCGCAGCUGUUUUUAAAAGUCAUUAAGCAAUUGAUUCACUUCCAUUUAAAACAAAGCUUGGCUAGAGCGCAAACCAUAUGGAAGCACGGGCUGAGGUGGAGUAUCCCUUAAUCAAUUGUAUGUCAGGCGCUAUAAUGCUGGGGCGACUGUUCAGAUCAGAUUUGGAUAUCUUGUAGCGUUUCCACUUGUAUGCUCCUCUGUAGCAUAAAACAAGCUACAGCAGUCAUGUUAUGUUUCUUUGUUUGAAUGAAGAAUAAUGUUGUAUGAAAGCUGUAAAUAAAAGCAUAUCCACAGUUUUGUAAUUGAUUCUUUGGCAUCCUUUAAAGUGUUCGUUGUCUACUGGUUUGAACUAAUCUACGUUGCACAUAAACUCAAGAACUGCCAAAGAAUUAACACGUUAUUGUAAAAUAUUACAAUGACAGAACUUGCCUUGGCUUUGAUCACCGUUUUAAAACCAUUUCCAUCUGUCCAAGGACACAGUCUCCCAAAUCCCAGUGCAACACAACUGCCGGCUUGCUUUCAUAUCCUGCACCACACCUGUUCCAAUAAACAUUCAGCCACAUUACCUCAUGCAAGCUGAUAAAACUCAUACACCGAACAGCUAUUCAUGCCACUAAUAUACAGUGUACAGUAUUAGUAGAAAUUUACAAGUCGCAUUUCUAAAAUUUGCAUAGGCUGAUCCCAAGCAUUUAUAAAACUUCAGUUUCUUUGUGCAAAUU